AUGACCACUGCGCCCUAUGCUGCCGAAGCUUCGCCUUCGAAAACUGACCAGUCAGCCAUCGCCAACCGUCAAAGCAGACUGCACUGGUCUCUAACAUGCUCCAACGAAGAAUUCUGGAACAAUUUCUACGGCCGUGCAAUAUCAUUCGGCAAAAUUCGAGACAGGGAAACUUCGGAUAGCAUGCUGCCGUAUCCAUUCUUGAGGUCGGCGAACAGACGCGGGAUGAGCCUGAAGGCUAUGUCGACAUCGGAUCAACCGCUUAGGCUGUGUCAGAGGCUUCCAGUUCGAGAGCACCGAACAACACUGCAUUUACCCCCUUUGGCGUGCACUAUGCGAGAAGCAAUCUCAAGCAUGUCCAUAUUCAUCAGAGCUAAAUCCUCUGCCGGCUUAUGGAGGGGCUUGGAGCGUCAUCGCGUCGAUCACCAGCGCACACAACUCAGCUGA